AGCGCGGCUGCGAGUGCGGCGGGGAGCUCCGACGGUCGCGGAAGCGGGAGCUGCCGGGUCCAGGCUUUGCAAUGUUCGGAACUGUGGUCGUCGGGGUUGGGAUUGCUGGAUCAGUGCGGAUCCGAGACUUGCUGAAUCCUUCGCCUUCCAGUCCCGCAGAACACCUUAAACUCAUGGGCUUUGUGUCUAGGAGACUGCUAGGAGAUGUUCAACAGGUCAAGCAAAUUAGUUUACAAAGCGCUCUAAACGACAAGGAGGUCCAUGCUGCUGUCAUCAGCACCGAUAACAGAAGCCACGAGGAGAAUAUCAGGAUGUUCCUGGAGGCUGGAAAACACGUCCUUGUCGAGUAUCCUAUGGCAAUGUCUGCAACAGCAGCACAUAAGCUCUGGGCGGUGGCAGAGCAGAAAGGUAAAAUCCUCCACGUGGAGCAUAUUGAACUCCUUGGAGAGGAAUACAAGCAGCUGAAGAAGGAGGUGCAGGGGAAGGAGCUUGUGAAGGGAACGCUGCACUUCACAGGUGGCCCGUUGGAUGAAGAACGUUCAGGGUUUCCAGCUUUCAGCGGGAUUGCUCGCCUGACUUGGCUGGUUGACCUUUUUGGGGACCUCACUGUCUCGUCUGCCGUGAGGGAGGAGCAAAAGGAGAGCAAUUCCUCCAGGAUGACUGUGCAGUUUCAGACGGCAAACAAGAGGCCUCUGACGUGGAUUGAAGAAAGGGCGCCAGGAAUGAAACGAGAUAAGACGAUCAACUUCUGUUUCAAAAAUGGAUGCUUGGAAAACCUGCCCAAAGCCCCCCGUCCAGCAGUCGGUCUCUUCAUGCAAGACCUCAUCCUUUUUGCCAAAAAACUCUUGGGCCAGGUUUCCAAAGAGGAACUGGCAGCCGAGAAAAGGCGAAUUCUGCAUUGCCUUGACCUUGCUGACGAGAUCCAAACGCACUGUGAGCGGACAGCAAAAAUCUGCUCUUGAAACUUUCAGACACUGCUAUAUAGAGCUACUGCUGCUUGCACUCCACAAAAGAUUUAUUUACAGCACUCUUCUAAUAUGACAGCCACUCCAGUAAGGUUUUUCCAACAAAUUUAGGUCAGUCCCAAGUUUUCUGUGUUUUUAAAACAACCUUUAUUUGCCUCGGUGUUAUAUAAUAGAUUUUAAUCUGUUACACAUUUCUAAAUCUGUUGUGAAUGUUAAUUUAAAUUUAACCAGAACAUCUCAGAGGUUUCAAGCUAUUCUCAGUUUAAGAGAUUUAGCAAUACCUAAGAUCCCUUUUCUUGGAGUAAGUCAGUUGAAUAGCUUUCAGUAUGAUUCUGAGUAGACCUGUUUAGGAUGGCACUGUAGGAGCAUUCCAGAAAGUAAUUUUCGUGCCUGAAAAUAUCUAAGAACAGAACUACAUUUGACACUCAACACAGGGCUGCCACUGAAAACUGGAAGCUCAGGGUUGAGUUCUCUUCUUAUGAUGCUGCAUCAAAUUAUUCAAUGUCCUUUCCCCACCCCUUCUUGAUCUAAUUAGCUGCUACUGGGAGGGGACAGAAUGGCUUGGAUAAAUCUGGAUGAACGCUACAGGGACUGGAGGAAGAAUUCCACGCAGGGCUUCUGUUUUCUGUAGCAGCCCCUUGUCAAGUGUUGCAUGAAGAACAUCAAACUGUGUAACAUGCAACUGGUUUGGAAUGAGUAGGUUUCUUCCCCCAUUCUGUGCUGAUAAUUGUUCCCUGGAUUCAUUUUGCCUUACAUUCCACUCCUGAAUUCUGGUUUAAUUAGGAGAAUUUCUAAAAUUGAUUCCAGAACUGCAGCAUUCGCAAGCUGUCACAGCUCUCAGUUCAUUUGCAUCUCUAUUUCUUCUCAUCUGUUUUUCCUGCCUUUUUCCUUUUUUUCCUGCCCAUUUUAGCAAAAGGCAAUUUUGAUGUGAUUAUAAUAUGGUAGCAUCAAGGUUCUUUCUGUGCUGGCUUUACUGAUGCUCGUGCACAAUCCUAGGCAUUGGUACAACACUAUCAGAAAAAAAAAUCCUGAGACAGCAGUACGUAGAGUCACAUAAAGACUAUUAGUUUGCAAUGUUUAAGCAAUGCCGCAUGCACAUCGGUAACAUAGGGUGGACGAAAAAGACCUGAAGAACACAAAAACUUGUGUGCACAUUGAGGGACAAAAUUCAGAAAGAAAAAAUCGGAACAGUUGGAAAUUCUAGUGCAUCUGUUCCGCCUCUGAUACAAGACCAAAAUACAUGUUGCAAAUUACCUGGGAAUGCUCAAGCGCAGCAUUUUAUGGGUGGACCUCCAGUCACGCGCAGGCUGUCUUUUGCUCGGCCCACAUGAAUGUCACUUUCACGGGAGCUCCUUUGCGUGAUUGCAUUUGGAAGUGAGUACAAAUGCUGAGUCAGGAGGGCAGAGCUCCAAUUCAACUCUGUUUUUGCAGCGAGAACUCUCUGGGAUAGACACUGUACGGCAAGUUCUUUAGGUUAUUCUGACUUGCCAAUUUGUACUUCUUUAAGGUAUGAGAAAGUGUCACGCUCGGCAUUUCAAUGAAUGGAUGUGGGAGGUGGGGGAAACUGGGAAUUCGGCAGUUGUAAACAGCCUGGGGUACUUUUAGCCGUUGAGGAGGAACUGAUAUCGAACAUGUAACUGUAUUCAUACGGAGCAAAUUGAAGUGUGACUGUGCAAGUGAGUACAUGGGAAGCUGGAGAGGAGACACAUGAAAUGAAGUUCACUUGAGCAUCUGUAGGUACUUCGUAAUGUGUAUUUCCACCCCAAGUAACUGAGGGCCAGAAUAUAAAAUGUGCCUGACAUGUGCCAAGGAAUGGGUUCACAACCAGGCAGUCAAUCAGACAUACAUCUGGGGAGCUCACCGUAAUCAUUUGCUCGAUUCUGCAAGGAGGAAGAAGGACCAGGGCUUUUUUUCAGUGGGAACGCGGUGGAACAGAGUUCCGGCACCUCUUAAAAAUGGUCACAGGGUAGGUGGCCCCGCCCCCUGAUCUCCAGAC